UUUUUCCAGUUGCGUGGUUUAUUUGCUACUGUCACAGUGUUAUUGCUUCAAUUCAUGCUAUCUCGUAUUUUAGGUGGGGAACUGUGAAAAGACUAAACUUUCCACCUGAAAUGAUCAAUACAAUGUAGCACACCUUUUCUUUUUGGUAUUAAAGGGAAUAAGGAAGUUUCUCAACUUCCAAUUGAGACAGAUGUGCUUUGAAUGUGUACAAGCUAAAGCUUCCAUGUCUACAUGCUUUAUACAACUUUAUAGGUAGUUCGAGGUGACUAUUUGGUAACCUAGAAAAAUGGGAUUCUUUUUUUUUUUUUACAUCAAGGGAUCAAAUUCAAAUAGUUAUCUGCGCUAAAAUUUCUAUUGGAUGGCUUAUGAUUUGUCAGCAACACAUCCGUGAUCCAGUGUUUCGAGUUAUUGUGCAGCAGCAGCAAAUGAAAUUUUCGUGAAGCAAGUUUUAGACGUAAUAACUCCCCACGAGAUGUUUUACAACCUUGAUGCAUUCAUGAAUAAUAGAUAUGACAAAAGUUUUCAAGAUUCUAUUUUUUUACUAAAUAUUUUUUGGAAUCUAGGUUUCCCAAACAAAUCUUCUUGCUUCUUGGGUAUCCUGGUAUUUGGUUUGGUUUAAACUGUUGGAUUUUGGUGCUAAACUAAAAAUUAAACAGUCCUUAAUUAUGGGUGGAAAGCCCAACUUCAAUAAAUUGGGCUUACAAAAUCUGUGCAGCCCAAUUGAUUGUUUACGCAGGUUGUAACAACAAAUCAUAGAGCCAAAGCAAAUUGUCUUGCCUGAGUUGUGAAAUCAUGGGGCGCGUUUGGUUGGUUACCCAACCACGCCAAAAUCUGCCACAUCUCCACGCCGCACAUUCAGCAAUUGUUUGUACUGAUUCCCACAGUUAUGGCACCGCCGCAGUCUCCAAACAACAUGCAAGUCAUUUUUUGCGCCACAGGUUGCCAAAAGUUCGGUGGACAAUUUCAGCGCCCAUCUUUCGGCGCGGACGUGGCUUUCCUAGGUGCCAGCCAAACACGCCCAUGGUAUUGGAAAGUUAGGUGUCAUCAGAUGAAAACAGGACCUUGUGAUAGGUCUCGGCACAAAUGAGUCGGCAUCAACUAUUUAAAUAGCAGGGAUUUGCGUGACUCAACCCUUCCUAUUUUCUCAACCAAAGGGGAAAAAAAGAACCUUUCGGUGGCCGGCGGCGCCGCCUUCCACUGGAGCACACCUUCAUAGCCUCCUCCCUGACGGCAUCCAUCCCCCCACCCUCCCUCUCACUCACUCAGUUGGCAGGUGUUCCUCCUUGCCCCAUUUCCUCUGCCAGGAUGGCGCUGAGUGGGGAUCCGUUCAGAUCUGCCGUGAUAACAAAUGUUUGUAAUGCUGCAAACGCACCUGAAGAAAAUAGGCUUGCUGGUGACAGCAACACCAUUUCAGAAAAUGCCCAGGAAUCAUUGAGUUCCUUACCAGAACAAGAGUCAAAUGAUGCUAGUGUUAACACAGAAAAGAAAGAACCUGGCAUUUCAAAAUGCAAAUCGGUGGAAGAAAUACCAAAAACAGUGACCAUAAAGAGGUGCAAGAACAUUGAUUCAAAGAAAGUCUCCUUGAAUAACAAUAAUAAUCCAAGCUUUACUGGCAGUCCAGCUCUGAAAAAGCAGCCGACAAAGGGGGGCCAACUUUUUCAACUACAUGAAAAUGGAAUGUCUCAAGACACAAAGCCUCCUAGCACAAGGAUAUGCAUAAAUUCAGCAUGCAAAGCUGUCUUCAACUCAGAUAAUGCAUUUUGUAAGAGGUGUUCAUGUUGUAUUUGCCAUGGUUUUGAUGAUAACAAAGAUCCUAGCCUUUGGCUGGUAUGCUCAUCAGAGACUGGUGAUCAGGAUUGCUGUGGAUCAUCCUGCCACAUUGAGUGCGCACUCAAGCACCGAAAGGCAGGAUGCAUAGAACUUGGACAAUCUAUACAGCUUGAUGGUAACUACUGCUGUGCUGCAUGUGGCAAGGUUAUUGGAAUACUGGGGUUCUGGAAGAGGCAGCUGGUAGUUGCUAAAGAUGCCCGUAGAGUUGAUAAUCUCUGUUCCCGCAUAUAUCUGAGUCAUAGACUUUUGGAUGGCACAACUCGUUUUAAAGAGUUGCAUCAGAUUGUAGAGGAUGCAAAAGCAAAGUUGGAAAGUGAAGUUGGCCCCCUUGAUGGUACGUCAUCCAAGAUGGCUCGUGGUAUUGUAGGCCGGCUGCCUGUUGCUGCUGAUGUGCAGAAACUUUGCUCUUUAGCAAUUGAAAAAGCUGAUGAGUGUCUUAGUUCAAACAUUCAAUCUGAAACAAAACAAAAUGAUACACUCCCAUCUGCCUGCAGGUUUAAAUUUGAAGAUAUUACAGCUUCAUCUUUGGUGUUGGUUCUGAAGGAAGCUGUUUCCUCACAGUAUCAUACUAUCAAAGGCUAUAAACUCUGGUACUGGAAUAGCAGAGAAGCACCUUACACAGGGGAGCCUGCUGUUUUCCCCAAAGACCAAAGAAGGAUUCUUAUAUCCAAUCUGCAGCCCUGCACAGAGUACUCCUUCCGCAUUAUUUCAUUUACUGAGGAUGGUGAACUGGGCCAUUCUGAAUCGAAGAUCUUUACCAAGAGUGUGGAAAUUAUUCAUAAGAACACAGAGCAUGGAGCAGAAGGUUGCUCAUCUUCUGCCAAAAGAGUUGGUAAGAGACAAAAUGUUAGGUCAUUAGGCUUCCAGGUGCGUCAGCUGGGUAAUGUAUUCCGAAAAGCACAAACUGAGGAAAAUGGUUACCCCAAUGCACUGUGUAAAGAUGAGAUUGAAGAUUCAUGUGAUCAGAGUGAUUCUUUGAUACCAGAUAAGGACCAGGUUCCACGUGGUGCCUCCCGCAAGCUCAAUCUGAAUGAGACCUCAGUCCCAGACCUAAAUGCAGAGGUAGUCAUGCCAACAGAGUGCUGUCAGAUUGAGAACGGCUGUAGUUCUGGAAAGAAUGCAUUCACAAAGUCGAAUGGUUGUGGUGACUCUGAAACUUGUGCGGAGGGGCAUGUAGGGGAUGCACCAGCCAUGGAAUCCCGGUCUCAGAGUCGCAAGCAGGCAUCAGAUUUGGAGCAGGAGACCUGUGUUGAUGAUAGCAAUUUGGUGGCCCGUGCUGCUAGGCUCUUCGCCCCGAAGUUAGGCCAGUUAGAUGACAACUAUGAGUACUGUGUGAAGAUUAUACGUUGGUUGGAAUGUUCCGGCCUCAUUGAGAAGGAUUUCAGGAUGAAAUUUCUAACCUGGUUCAGUUUGAGAUCGACAGAGCAGGAGCGGAGAGUUGUUAUCACCUUCAUCCGCACCCUCAUUGAUGAACCGAGUAGUUUGGCUGCGCAGCUUUUGGAUUCCUUUGAAGAAAUUGUUACCAGUAAGAGGCUAAGAACUGGUUUCUGUACUAAGUUGUGGCACUAACCAGAUAGGGAAAGCAUGAAACUGCUAUCUUAUACUCUAGUAUUCUUACAUGGGCAAUAUUAACUGGGAUGACAGUGUCAUAGUACUUUUAUUUAUUUUCUGAUAAAUGUAGUUAAACUGAUGUUGCUGAACAUAUUUGCCAUGAUGAUAUACUCUUACAUGGGCAAAAAUUAUCUGGGAUGACAGUGUAAUGGUACUUUUGUUUGUUUUCUGAUAAUGUAGUUGCCUGAUGUUGCUGCGGCAUGGAUAUUUGCCAUGAUGAUGUAUUCUUACAUGGGCAAAAUUAACUGGGAUGACAGUGUAAUGGUACUUUUAUUUGUUUUUAUGAUAAACGGUGUUAGUCUGAUGUU